UCAGUGAUUGGAAAGGGGGCUUUCCUGCUUUUCUCCACCCUUUCAUCCCGACCCUCAGGUCAAGACGACGACUACGAGGGGAGGAAUGAAGAAGCAAAACGUGCGAACUUUGUCACUCAUCGUGUGCACGUUUACUUAUUUGCUAGUGGGAGCGGCUAUAUUUGACGCACUCGAAUCGGACAACGAGGAUAGACAAAAGGAAGCCCUUCAGUACGUUGAAAACCUUUUAAUGCGAAAGUAUAACAUUUCUCAAGAAGAUUAUAGAAUUUGGACAACUAUUGUUAUUAAAAGUGUGCCCCACAAGUCUGGUAUUCAGUGGAAGUUUGCCGGAGCUUUCUACUUUGCCACUACUGUUCUAACAACUAUAGGUUAUGGCCAUUCUACUCCAGCAACGUGGGGUGGAAAGACUUUCUGUAUGUUUUAUGCUCUAGCCGGAAUUCCAUUAGGCCUUGUGAUGUUUCAAAGCAUUGGUGAACGAUUAAAUACUUUCGUAGCUUUUCUACUCAAAUUUGGAAAACGUUGUUUGAAAAUGAGAAACACAGAAGUUUCCGAGACCAACCUCAUCUGCUUGGUGUCCAUCCUGUCAACAGUUGUAAUGACAACUGGUGCUGCGGCCUUUUCCAAGUACGAACGUUGGGAUUACUUCGAUGCUUUCUACUACUGUUUUAUAACACUAACAACUAUAGGAUUUGGUGAUUAUGUAGCUCUUCAAAAAGAAAGUGCUUUGCAAAGAGAACCAGAGUAUGUGGCUUUUAGUCUAGUGUUCAUCCUGUUCGGGCUCUCGGUAGUGUCUGCAGCGAUGAAUCUUCUGGUGCUGCGAUUCAUGACAAUGAACACAGAAGAUGAGCGUCGCGACGAAGCAGAAGCCCAAACUGCUGCCCAAGAAGCUGUCCGCCUCGAAGGUGACGUCAUCACUGCGAAUGGAUCCAUGACGUCUGGCCACGAUCCAAAUGUGUCUUCAGAAGUCGAUGAGAUCACUUCGGUGUGUUCAUGUACGUGCUAUGGACACAGACGGACGCCUAAAAAUGAGAAUCGUAGAUCGCCUAGCAGCAACAGAGCUCAUUUAUUGCCUAUGGAUGUUCUGAGUGGCGAGAGUAGAGCUAUUGAUGAGCAGCCUCGAGAAGGCGACCUUCCUAAUACUUCUCUUUAUUUACCUUAUGAUGAUAUCAGAAACAAACGUGCCUCUAUAUGA